AUGGCUGUAAAAGUAGAUACAGGAGAAGUGGAAUUGCGAGUCGUCUCUGCUUAUGCGCCACAGAUGGGCUGUAGUGAAGAAGAGAAGGCGUGCUUUUGGGAAGAUCUGGAGCGGUACGUUCAAUCCCUGGAAGACGAAGAAGUACUUCUAUUCGGAGGAGACUUCAACGGACAUGUCGGUUCUCGGAAAGACGGGUUCGAGAGUUGUCAUGGUGGAUAUGGCUAUGGAGCCCGUAACGACGACGAAUCCUGGAACCAUGUCGCUGCCCAACACCAUCUGCCCGUUAUGGACUUGAAAAUCUCCCGUCCAAGAACGAGACAUCCAAGGACUGAAACACAGCGCAUGAAAUGGUGGAAUCUGAAGGAUCGAAAGAAGGCGGCAGUUCGUGAGAAGAAGUCCAAGUAUAAGCUCUGGUGGAGGACACGUCAGCCUGAAGAUCGGAGUGCUUACCUAGCGGCGAAGAGGGAGGCUAAGAAGGCAGUCUCCAAGGCGAAGUCGGAAGGCUACAAGGCUGUGUACGACAUGCUUGAUACCAGAGAAGGCGAGCGGGCAGUGUAUCGUUUAGUCAGAGCGCGUCAUUGUUCAACGUUGGAUAUGGAGCACACCAAGAUCGUUAAGGGAGCUGAUGGAGCCGUUCUGCGCCGCCCUGGUCACAUACUGGAGAGGUGGCGAGAGUACUACAACCACUUGUGUAACGAAGAGUUCUGCCAUCCCCCGAUCCCAACUGUUCCCAGCGUCGAGGGUCCUGUUCUACCAAUUACUGCCGUCGAAGCCAGUGCUGCCCUCGCAAAAAUGAAGUCGAACCGCACUAUAGAUGCUAUCCAUGCUGUCCGUAUCCUCCUGGAGAAAGAUCGAGAGAAGAACCGCAGUGUGCAUCUUGCCUUUCUCGAUCUCGUGGAAGCUUUCGACCGUGUCCCAGCUGAGCUGUUAUGGAUGUCCAUGAGGUCGCAUAGAGUACCAGAAGAAUAUGUGCGGUGGAUAAAGCUGCUUCAUGCGAAGCCUACCAGCGUUGUACGAUGUGCUGCUGGAACAAGCAGACCAUUCCCCAUACAAGUAGGUGCUCAUCAGGGUUCACCUCUCUCACCCCUGCUAUUCAUACUGUGCAUGGACACGAUAACGAAGGAAAUCCAGAAGCAGCAUCCGUGGGCUCUACUCUUUGCCGACGAUGUCAUGUUCGCGUCGGAGUCUCGAGAUGAUCUUCAGAAACAAGUCUUGGAAGGAUCGGCUGCAGCAAUAUGGAUUGCGCCUCAACACAUCAAAAACUGA